GGACCACCUUCCACCGUAGACACACGCAUACACACACCGGUGUCGGCACUCUUUCCCCACACACAACGUGGGGGUUCUGCUCGGUUAUGGGGCAUUUUAGUGUCGCAGGGAUUCUAGUAGUUUGUGACGGCGGUACACCACACGACGGUGGUAUUUGGUAGUAUUUGGACAGUUCAAGAUCGUUCCAACGGAUGAUAUGUCGGCCUUGACGUCACGGCGUCUCCAGGUGAGGUGCUGAGUCCAGCACGACGAGUUCCGAAUACCACGGAGCUGUGGAGCGUCCAGCCGGAGCAGAGCGCCGUGGCACGUCGUCGGCCCCCCAGGGAUGACGGCCCCCCCGCCCCCCGCCUGUCUGGCGCUGCGCCUCCACACCUCGGAGGACCCCAACGGCAACGCCUUCGCCUCCCCCUGCUCCGGCUCCUCCCCCUCUUCCCCCUCCUCCCCCUCCUCCUGCUCCUCCUCCUCCUCCUCCUCCCGCUCCUCCCCUUGCCCCGGCGAGGCGUCCCCUGAUUCGCCGAGCAGCCCGAGCGACCGCAUGCUGGCGGUCGCCGUGACGACGGCGGCGGCGGCGGCUGCGGCGGCCGCCCGCGGGCCCGAGGAGGACGGGGGCGCGGCGGGGGCGUGGCUCGACGACGCCUCGCUGUCGGUCUACCUGGACGCCCGCAGCAGCGCCCGCACCUGGAGCGACCGCAACCUCAACCUGCUGGUCGCCAUCGCCGCCGAGACCGCCCCCGGCCCCGGUCGGCACGGCAACCACGCGGGCGACGACCUCAGCACGGGGAGGGGCGGCUGCCCCUCGCCCGACUCGGACGCCACGGAGAUCCCAGCCGACGACGACGACGACGAUGACGAUGAAGAUGAUGACGAUUAUGAUGAAGAUGAUGCUGAUGCGGCGGGCGAAGACGAGUCCUUGUUCCUGUCGGCGAGCUCUGAGCCGUCUCUGGAUGCGUCCAGUGGGACCCAGUCGAGGCCCCUGAGCGAGGGCCCCCCCAUCCCGGGGGCCUCCUGCUGCUUGCUGUUCCCCGCCACCCCCUCCCCCUCCUCCUCAUCCCCCUCCUCCCCCUCCUCCUCCACCAAUCAGCUUCCAGACUCCAGGCUAUCGGAGGCUGCGGGGUGUGAGGUGUCCUUAAAGAGCGCCCCCCCGCAGACAGAGCCAGAGCAGCCGAGGCGGGGCCCAGCAAUGGCCCCCACGGCGGCUAAACCAGCCAAUCACAUGGCACGGAUGGUCAGAAGGCCGGACCUGAGACACAUCAAGGCCAAGGUGGUGUCUAGAGCCGCCCCUUCUGCAGCCAGACCGUCCAAUCAGAGACCGCCAGCCAACCAGAGGAGAGCUAUUCCACGGAAGGAGGAAGUGCACGGCAAUGGAGAGAAAGGUCAAAGGUGGGCCGCGGGCGGGGUCAAGACGAGAACCUCGCCCUGCCGCUCCGUCCAAUCAGAGGAGAGGAGGAGCACGCUGGCCAAUAGGACGCUCUCUGGGUCCGCUAGGUCUGAACUGGGGCCGGAGGUCGCGGAGGUGCCGACUGUGGCGAACGGCGUAACCAUGACAACGCCGGACACGCCCCCCGGGCAGAAGGUCUCCUCCAAGCUGGGGCCCGGGCCCAGGCAGCAGGCCGGCCAGAGGGCCCCGGGGGCGAGCUGCGCCACAGGACCCGCUGCGGUGUGGGGAAGCGGUGCUCCGGCACAGGGGGGCAGCGGGCCCAGGCCGGCCCAGGCUGAGAGCUCCUCGCUCGGGAAGGAGGCAGCGAGCACAGGGGCUGGAGCUCCAGGCAGAGCCAGACUGAGUCACAACCAGGGCCUCCUCAAGCCCCGCCCCAUCUCAGAGCGGAGCUCGUCAUUGGCCACCCAGUAUUCUGUGACCUCCAACUCCAAAGCAGCGUCGGCCAAUCAGUUAGCCGGCUCGUUGCCAUGCGGACGGUCGCUGACAGCCAUGCUGCCUCCCUCAAGCUCCAAACUUCCUGUCAAGGGAUUACCCAGAAGCUUAAGCUCCUCCUCCUUGGGAAGCAGCCCCGCCCAGAACAACAAAGAAGCUCCUGCGGGGAGCCCUGCGGACGAGAAGCCCGGCCGAGGCGCCCCUCCCCUGGGCAACCACAGCCCGGCUAACCCCCCCGGCCCAGGCACCGCAGUUAGCACGGACGCUAACGCUAAUGCUAACAACAACGCCUGCAAUAAUGCUAGCACUAAUGCUAACAGUGCUGCUGCUAGCACCAGGGCUCCUGGGAUCCGUUGCAGAGCUUUUUCAGUACAGAACAGGACCAACACUACUGGCCUGAAGCCCCCCGCCGUCACCGGCUCCUCCCCCGCCAGGACCACCAAUCACACCGCGGCCGGUCACAAAACGGCCGCCUCAGCCAAUCCGGCGUCGCCGGCCAAACCGUCCCAGAAUCCUUUUCAGCGGAGCGGCUCAGCCCGGUACAACCGGCCGACAUCGACCAUCAGCCCAGUGUGGGUCCAGCAACACUGCCUGCCUGCAUGUCAGACACCAGUGGACAAGAACAAACCUCGGGGGGCUCCGGCCAGACCCAUCCAUGCUGGCUCCACCCCCACCAGCACCACCCAGCCCGGCUGCACCAGCACCCAGCCCGGCUGCACCAGCACCCAGCCGGGCUGCCCCCUCCCAGCCGGACCCAACCACAACCUCAACCAGAACCUUAACCAGCAGCCUCCAGCAGAGAUACAGAUUCCAGACCUGCUGAAUGGGAACGGACCGCCGUGCCGCCGCCCAGCGCAGACCCCCGAGGUCGGAGCGCGCGCCCCCACCCCCACCUCCACCCCCACCUCCCCCUCCACCCCCCAGGGGAUGGGGGUGCGUACCGGGUCCCGCCCCAACGGCCGCGUGCCCCCCCGUCCGGCCGGGGGCCCCAGCUCAGGACCCCAGGCUGGGGGUGGGGGCCGGAGGGUGGAGGAGAAGAGGAGCCACAGUAAGGAGCAGGUGGAGGAGAAGCGUCUGAGGAGACUCCUGGUGCAGGGGAACCGCAGGGUGGAGGCACUGGCCACCGUCAUCCAACACCUCCUCUCGGAGCGUGAGAUGGUGUUGAAGCAGAAGCAGAAUCUUUCUAAUCAACUGACAGACCUGAAAGAGGAACUGGCCUCCUCCACGCUGAGCUGUGAGCAGCUCCAGAAGGAGAAGGAGGAGGCGCUGUGCAGCCAGCAGGAGGCGCUGUGCAGCGCGCAGGAGCAGCAGAAGGAGGAGCUGGGCCAGCUGGAGGACAGGCUGAGGAGCUUCUACCAGGCGGAGUGGGACAAAGUUCACCAGCGGUACCAGGAGGAGGCUGACAGGUUCAGAGCCCUGAUGGAGCAACAGGUGGAGGAGCUGAGGAGCCGGCAGGAAGCAGAGCUCAGGGAACAGGAAGUGACACACAGCCAAGAGGCGGAGUCUAUGACCCAGCGCUUUGAGGCAUCUGUUCAGGACCUGCAGAGCAGCCACCAGGAAAACAUCAACCAGUUGGACAGAAGACUACAGGAGACAGAAGCUUCUCUCUCUGAGAGAGUGUCGGUGCUCCUGCAGGAGAAGGAGGAGCUGGAGGAGAAGCUGCGAGCGGAGGAGGAGGCAACAAGGCGGUCCCUGACGGAGCCCAGGUACCUCUACCUCCAGCAGGAGCUGGACAGCCUGAAGGUGGUGCUGGAGAUGAAGACGUCCCAGCUGCACCUCAAGGACAAGAAGCUGAUGGAGAUGGAGAAGCUGGUGGACACCAACGCGAAACUCGAGGAGUAUAUGAACCGGGUGCGGCAGGAGAACGAGGACUACAGAGCCAGGAUGAGCAAGCACGCUGCGCUGUCCAAGCAACUGACCAGUGAGCAGGCCCUGCUGCAGAAGAACCUACAAAAGGAGUCGAAGGUCAACAAGCGUCUGUCCAUGGAGAACGAGGAGUUGCUAUGGAAACUGCACCACGGCGACCCGCUGGGCAGCCCCCGCCAGCUCUCGCCUACCUCACCCUGCCACUCGCCGCCGAACUCUCCCCACUUUCCCACGGCCCCGCCUCUGUCCCCAAGAUAACCCCGCCCCCCUCUCACACACACACACACACACACAAGCAACACAGUCCCCGUGUGCUGUGCACGUCAGACAUUCCCAUCGACUUUUUGUCCUUCAUCAUCAUCACGAACCCGCGAGACUGCUGCUUUGCAUCCCACGGGAACAUUCAGAAACCAGACUGGAAUUCACAACAGACUUAACCCUCCCUCUCUCUCUCUCUCCCGCUCUCUCUCUCUCUCUCUCUCUCUCUCUCUCUCUCUCUCUCUCUCUCUCUCUCUCUCUCUCUCUCUCUCUACCAAGCGCCAGGUGUCUCUCGCCCCUCGGCCUACUCAGGGUCUGUACAUACGUAGUCUCUCGUCCUCUCCUCUCGGUGUUGAUAUCUUUACCUCUUGUGUUUUGACUUGCUGCCAUUCCCAACAUACCUGGGUGUGUGUGUGUGUGUGUGUGUGUGUGUGUGUGUGUGUGUGUGUGUGUGUGUGUGUGUGUGUGUGUGUGUGUGUGUGUGUGUGUGUGUGUGUGUGUGUGUGUGUGACCGACACGGCCUUGGCCAAUGGGAGCGGGGCAGCGUGGUAUCCAUGGCAACCUGUCUGGGCGUGGUUGUCCUCCCUGGGAACGGACAGAGCCUUCCUCUUCCCAUGCCGCCCUCAAAGACUUCGUAUUUUCUUUUUCUCUUUUUACAAAGAGCGACAGCCAAUCAACAGACUCAUGGACUGACUGCGUUUUGUCCGUAAAUGGGCGAACAGGAAGGACACAACCUUCACGGAGAACAACGAAUGUAAAGGCUCUUGCAAAAACCCUGCUUCCCUAACCCUAACAGGGUCAAGACCCCAAACUACCAUUAAUCCCUCAAGGGACACGACCCCAAACUAACAUAAACCAUGGAACCCUUGUGGGGUCACGACCCCAAACGACCAUGAAACCGAGAACCUUUGUGGGGUCACAACCCCAAACUACCAUGAAACCUAGAACCCUUGUGGGGUCACAACCCCAAACUACCAUGAAACCUAGAACCCUUGUGGGGUCAUUGCCCCAAACUACCAUAAAUCCUAGUGCCCUUGUGGGGUCACGAACCCAUACUACCACAAACCAUAGAACCCUUGUGGGGUCUCAACCCCAAACUACCAUGAACAAUAGAACCCUUCUGGGGUCAUUGCCCCAAACUAUCAUAUACCAUAGAACCCUUGUGAGUUCACGUCUUACUUUUGGUUUUGCUGAACGCUUGGUUGAACCCUCUUAACUCCCGGGGCGAUCAGAGGAUGCUGGGCUGUGGGUCCUCCCCUCAUGUUAGUGUUGAGCUGAUAAAGAAGCCGCUGACGCCCGGCCUGAGAUCGAGGUCAGUCCCCGCUCUGUGCCUGUCCGGCCUCGUCUCUUCUCUUGCCUUGGAAACCUCUGCUUUACCCACAAUGCCGCAGUCCACCCUGCUCCUGCUCCGAUCAAUAAUAAACGCAGUAUACGAUCCAA